AUGUCAUACACCAACCAAUUGAGCCACUCACCUUCCUCGUCAUCCUCCUCCGUCGAUGAGGCUGACAACACCGCCGACGAAGAAGAUUCCGAGGAUUACUGCAAGGGCGGCUACCAUCCCGUCCAGGUUGGCGAGGAAUACAAAGAUGGCAAAUACACCAUCGUGCGCAAGCUUGGCUGGGGUCAUUUCUCUACCGUUUGGCUUUCGCGAGACAACACCAACGGUAAACACGUCGCUCUGAAGGUGGUGCGCUCCGCCGCGCACUACACCGAGACUGCUCUGGACGAAAUCAAGCUCUUGAAGAAGGUUGUGGAUGCGAACAAGGACCACCCCGGCCGGAAGCAUGUAGUAAGCCUGCUCGACUCUUUCAACCAUCGCGGUCCCAACGGCGUCCACGUCUGCAUGGUAUUCGAAGUGUUGGGAGAGAACCUUUUGGGCUUGAUCAAACGAUGGAAUCACCGAGGCAUCCCCAUGCCCUUGGUGAAACAGAUCACAAAGCAGGUAUUGCUCGGCCUCGACUAUCUACAUCGCGAGUGCGGCAUUAUCCACACCGACCUCAAACCCGAGAACGUCCUCAUCGAGAUUGGCGACGUGGAACAAAUCGUCAAGACCUACGUACACGACGAACCCAAGAAGAAGGGCGAGGAUGACAGUAAUAGAAACGGACGCAGGAGACGGAGAACACUCAUCACGGGCAGCCAGCCGCUUCCGAGUCCGCUCAACGCCAGCUUCAAUCACGCAGAUAUCACCAGUUUCCCGGGUAUGGUAGGCCCGCAGAGUCUGAACAAAGUGGUGAAUGAGAGUACAGGUAAAGAAUCCCCCAUAACUGGCUUGAGUCCACCUCCACAAGACGGUUUUGUAAUGAGUGGUGCCUUAGGCACUUCGUCUUCGUCUGGCAGCCUAUCAAUGGCGGAACGUCUGGGUAUCAAGAGCCCAUCGUCCGAAGACGAUGUUCAGAAACAGCGCGAAAAGACGGCAGACCUCCUCACAAAGGAUAUAUCCGGCAUCAGCUUGGACAAAUCGAGUAGCCCACCCCCCAAGAAUCAAGAAAAGUCCAGCCAUGACAUCAACUUCGAAACCAUAUCCGUUAAGAUUGCAGACCUUGGCAAUGCAUGCUGGGUAGGUCAUCAUUUCACCAACGACAUUCAGACCAGACAGUAUAGAUCUCCGGAGGUCAUCCUCGGUAGCAAAUGGGGUGCUAGUACCGACGUAUGGAGUAUGGCAGCAAUGGUGUUUGAACUCAUUACAGGCGACUAUCUUUUCGACCCCCAGUCUGGUACCAAAUAUGGAAAGGACGACGACCACAUCGCGCAAAUAAUUGAGCUUCUAGGCGCCUUCCCCAAGUCCCUCUGCAUGUCUGGAAAAUGGUCGCAGGAGAUAUUUAACAGGAAGGGCGAGCUACGCAACAUUCAUAGGCUUCGUCACUGGGCCCUACCGGAUGUCUUACGCGAGAAAUAUCAUUUCAGCGUGGAGGAGAGUAAGAGUAUCGGCGGCUUCCUGCUCCCAAUGCUGGAGCUUUUACCCGUAGACCGUGCCAACGCAGGGGGGAUGGCAAAUCAUGAAUUCUUGAAGGACACAAAGGGGAUGGAUAACAUCGACCUGCCCAUUCCGAUCGGAAGCAAAGGAGAGGGGAUUGAUGGAUGGGCAACCGAGGUUAAGAAGACGAGGUAA